UCCACUUAUAACCUAAAAUAACUGAUACAAAGUGUAGUAACGAGUAAGGAGACGAAGUAAUUAAUUUUUAUUUAUAGCGAAAUAAAAUAUUCAUCAAGUAAAAUUUAAUUCAGAAAUAAGUGCUUUUUCUAUUUGAAAAAAAUGGCUGCUUUCGAAGAAAUGGGUGUGCAGCCUGAAAUAGCAAAAGCUCUUGAUGACAUGGAGUGGACACUUCCUACAGAUGUACAAGCAGAAGCCAUUCCAUUAAUUUUGGGUGGUGGUGAUGUUUUAAUGGCUGCUGAAACUGGAAGUGGAAAAACUGGAGCUUUUUGUAUUCCAAUUUUACAGAUUGUGUGGGAAACUCUAAAAGAUUUAGAAUCUGGAAAAACAGGAUCUAAAACUACUACUCCUAUAUCGCCCACAUGGAUGCUAAGCUUAUACGACAGAGGAAGAUCUCUAGUCGUAACACCUGAUGGUCUUCGAUGUCAAAGUCGUGAACAGAAAGAGUGGCAUGGUUGUAGAGCCACUAAAGGAAUCCAAGGAAGUGGCAAAUUCUAUUAUGAAUCUGCUGUCACUGAUGAGGGUUUGUGUAGAGUGGGUUGGUCUACUCCUCAGGCAUCACUGGAUUUGGGAACUGAUAAAUUUGGCUGGGGAUUUGGUGGCACAGGAAAAAAAUCAAAUUCAAAGCAGUUCGAUAGCUAUGGUGAAGCUUUUGGGAUGAACGAUACAAUUGGUUGUCUUCUUGAUCUAGAUAAAGGAGAAAUAAGAUUCUGGAAGAAUGGAGUAGAUUUAGGACCUGCAUUCACAUUAACUGCACAACAAAAGUCACAAACUUUUUACCCAGCUGUAGUUUUGAAAAAUGCAGAAAUGUCAUUCAAUUUUGGAGCACAACCAUUCAAAUAUCCUCCACCAACAGGUUAUAUUGCAGUAUCUGCAGCUUCCAAAGAGCAAAUCAAAGUGAAUCCAGUCAACAGUAGUCAAAGUCAAAGUGCCCCUGAAAAACCAUCCCCUAAUGCACCUCAGGCAAUUGUCAUUGAGCCAUCCAGAGAACUUGCUGAGCAAACAUUUGAUCAAUUUCAUAAAUUUAUGAAACAUCUAAAAGAUCCAGAAAUUCGAGAAGUAUUAGUUGUAGGUGGACAAAGUAUCAAAGAUCAAAUGACUGUCAUAAAUCAUGGAAUAGACAUUGUAGUUGGUACACCAGGAAGAUUAGAUCAAUUAAUUCAGGAUGGUUAUAUCGUGCUAAAUCAAUGCCGGUUUUUCGUACUCGAUGAAGCUGACGGUUUAUUGAAAGCAAAUUAUGGAGAGCUGAUCGAAAGAUUGCACAGACAAAUGCCUAAAAUCACCAGUGAUGGAAAGAGACUUCAAAUGGUGGUCUGCUCAGCUACUUUGCAUGCUUUUGAAGUUAAAAAAAUGGCCGAAAAGCUUAUGCACUUCCCAACCUGGGUUGAUUUGAAAGGAGAGGAUGCAGUUCCAGAAACAGUUCAUCACGUCGUUAUUAACGUUGAUCCAACGAAGGAUACUACAUGGCAAAAUCUUAGGCGUCAUAUGCAAACUGACAGUGUUCACGCUCGAGACAAUCUUAGAGGAACAUCAGCAGAGGCACUUUCUGAAGCAGUAAAAAAAUUAAAAGGCGAGUACUGUCUUCGAGCGAUCAAAGAGCACAAAAUGGACCGAGCGAUAAUCUUCUGUCGAACGAAAAUCGAUUGCGACAACUUGGAACGUUACUUGAAAUCAGUUGGAGAUCGAGAAUUGACUUGCGUUUGCCUCCACGGUGAUCGUAAGCCGCCCGAACGUAAAUACAACUUAGAGUGCUUUAAAAAUGAGAAAGUACGAUUCUUGAUUUGUACUGAUGUUGCUGCUCGUGGAUUGGAUAUUUCUGGCUUACCUUUCAUGAUCAACAUGACCCUUCCGGACGAAAAGUCGAACUACGUCCACAGAAUUGGUCGAGUUGGUCGUGCAGAAAGAAUGGGUUUAGCUAUAUCUUUCGUAUCCUCUGUCCCAGAGAAAGUGUGGUAUCAUGGUGAAUGGUGUUCUUCUCGUGGUCGUAAUUGUCAUAAUACAAACCUCACAGAGCAAGGUGGCUGUUGUAUUUGGUACAACGAACCAAGGUUGUUGGCGGACAUAGAGGAUCACUUGAAUGUAACAAUUCAACAAAUAGAGAGUGAUAUGAAGGUGCCAAUGAACGACUUCGACGGCAAAGUCGUGUACGGCGAGAAACGCGUAGGACUAGGAUCGAAUUACGAAGAUCACGUCCAAGAAAUGGCUCCGGUAGUAGCAGAGUUAGCAGCCCUUGAAUCGCAAGCGCAACUCAUAUAUCUGAGAAGACAUCAAACCGUUCGAUAAAAACGGAAACAAACUUAACAAUCAA